UAUUAAUACUGCGCUAUGCAGUGAAAAUGCCAAAGAGUUUGCUGGACAGAUAGCUGCCUUAUUUCCAAACCAUGGGAUCUAUCCAUCUCCUUUUCCUUUGUGCACUUUGUUUGAUCUUCUCCCCAUGCAGCAGAGGCACAAGGUCUCAGAGGCCGAAUCGAAGGAUUGACAACCCCAUCGACAGGAUCCAGGCACAGAACAAUUUUAAUGUCCAGCAGUUCACAGGAGUGUGGCAUCUCAUUUCCGUUGGGUCAAUGUGUGGCUACCUCAAGCUUAACAACCACCGACUGGAGGCAGUUACCAUGAAGGUAACCAAUCAGAAUCAAGAUAUUCGCAUCAAUACAUUACGCAAACUGGAUGGACUGUGCUGGGACAUAAAACAAGACUAUAAGAUGGAUGCAACUCCUGGGAGAUUCUCCAGGAAAAAUCGUGGAAUUAAGACUGACAUUGUCAUUGCUGAAACGGAUUACUCCAACUAUGCAAUCCUCUUCCUUCAACAAAGGAGGAAAAUCACGGUCAAACUCUAUGGUGAGUACAGCGUGGUGCAAACAUGAGCCAGG